CAAACCGCACCGCCACCGCUCCCAAUCUCGAUCCAGCACCCAGGGUUUCCUCCCCAACCCCAGCCAUGCCGAAGAACAAGGGCAAGGGAGGCAAGAACCGCAAGCGGGGCAAGAACGAGGCGGACGACGACAAGCGCGAGCUGGUCUUCAAGGAGGACGGCCAGGAGUACGCGCAGGUGACGCGCAUGCUCGGCAACGGCCGCUGCGAGGCCAUCUGCGUCGACGGCACCAAGCGCCUCUGCCACAUCCGCGGCAAGAUGCACAAGAAGGUCUGGAUCGCCGCGGGGGACAUCGUGCUCGUCGGCCUCCGCGACUACCAGGACGACAAGGCCGACGUCAUCCUCAAGUACAUGAACGACGAGUCGCGCCUGCUCAAGGCCUACGGCGAGCUGCCCGACACGCUCAGGCUCAACGAGGGCGUCGACGUCGACGGGCCCGAGGACAACGUCGACGACUCGGACUACAUCCAGUUCGAGGACGAGGACAUCGACAAGAUCUAAUCAGUCUGUCUGUUCUCGGUUAUUAUACUUUUUAUUACUUCCUGUUCUAUCCUCUUCUGUCUAAUAGUGUCCUCCUGCUGCUACCUUAUAUCUGUUGUCCUACUAUGGCUUGUGGAUUGAUUCCGUGUUGUGACGAGAAAUCGUUAUGAUUUGAUUUGAGGUGGUCCAAAUAAUUUGUCGGAUUUAUUA